AUGAACAGGUCAACCAAGUACGCAUUCAUCCUUCCCAAACGGGAAGAAGCGUCUUCAAGUCAAUUGGAUGAAGGCGUUACCGAGCUUUCGCACCCCUCUCCGGCCCACGAACCCCCAUCUGAAUCACAAUUUGAAUUGUUGCAUAUGGAGAUGUCCGACAUUGAUCCAGAGGAGUACAAGUACCAAUAUGCGUUUCAACCACCUGAUGAAGGAUUCGAUUCGUUCCUUCUCUCUUCGCCUUCGCCACUCGAAACUGAAGGCCGGGUAAGGGAUGACUCAGGUGAAUCGCUUAAUUUCAAUGGACUAACUUCCUCAAAUGAUCUUCAGGGUGAUCUCUUGCUUGACCCACAAAUCCUAUCAUCGUCAAUCCUCAAUAUACCGGAUCUAGACCCACGAGCGUCAUACGAAUUGUUCGAAAGCGACCUUAUUGAUCUUAAAGAUCCUGAUGAGUUGCCGAAUGACACCUUACCAGAUCCCAUCUCUCAAAAGAAUACCAUUCAGCCUCCUCCACCAAUUGGAAUAAGUCUAUCGGAAGGAUACCCAUCUUUAUACAAUUCCACACCUCCCAGCCAAACCAAUCUCGAGAUAUACAAAUUCGAUCAACUUGGGCGACAACCCCGGAAUGAUCGUCUAAACUCACGUUUGAAUAAAGACUUGAGGUGUUAUAUGCAAGCUCCAGUCUGGGCCGCCGAACUAACUGGAGGAGGAGGCCUGACACCAAAAAUGAGCUCAAGUUCAAAAAUGUACAAUACAUCUCAACCAAUCGUAACUUUUACCAGCACCAGGGAUUUGUCCGAUUUUGGACAGGUACAGGGGGAAGGACAACUGAGUAUAUCGAGAAAGGAUGGUCUAGGAUGGCUAAAUGGCCAUAAGACAUAUUUCACCCUCAACCUGAGUCAGUGUUUCUGUCUGAAGAAGUACCGCCGUGCGUCGGGCUCAACGGAGAAGGCAAGAAUGGAUAGAUCAUCAAGUCUUGCCCCGGUGAUUACUACUGCUCUCUCAUGGGCAUUCACAAGAUUCUUACAAGUUCAUUGUCCACCGUUAAAAGACGGAGGAGAAUGGACAGGUGAGAAGUUGGAUGAUCAGACUGAUAGUAUUCGACCGAUACUUCAUCUAGGCACAGCAAGGAUAUUGGAAGCUUGGAAUGAAGUUAGGAUAAAUGACGAGGAAUUGAUCAUUUCCAAGAUUGAUGCGAAGAACGUCGAUGCUAGUAGGAGAGUAGCGAGAGAAAAGGUGGAGGGAAGGUAUGUACCUACUAAGAGAUCGAUAUUGUAUGAGGGUGAUGGGAAAGCGAAACAGGGGAAGGAGCAGGGCGAGGGGAAGAAUAAGAUGGAAGUUAGUUGA